UUCCCGGUAGGAAGUGGCGUUUUUAAGGAGGCGUUGGCUCGACCGGAAGUGGUGCCGUCAGGGAGAUCAAGCGGGGCACCCAGGCGACGUUCGGGACGGGGCUGGUGGCGCUAGGCGUUAGCGGACUCGCGUCUGGGCGUGAGGCGAGAAAGCCGAAAGGAUCCGCCACGAAAGAUUGUUCGUAUGACUCAGUCUCUGAGAUCACAGCAAGAAUUCCAACAUCGAGCAGCUCUAUCACCAGGACAGGCCCUCUAAAACUAAUUCUAACAAGCACAUCUAAAGGUUAAGCCUACUUUUCCAGAUAGUCCAACCACUAAGUCACGAGUUUCCAAGGUCAUUUUCCCUCACCUGUGGAAAACUUUGGAUCCCUACCAGAUGUCCUCAACAACUCAUCCCAUCGUACCCACUCUACAUAAGUUGCCAUCCCAACGAACAACCAAGAUAACUGCUGAGCUUCUUUUUAUUACCAAAUAGGUAAAAUAUCACUGCCAACAAAACAGUGAACAUAGUGUCUCUUGAGAUUAUCACUACCUGUUGAAACUACACCAAGAAAGUCAGCAUGCUUAGGUGAGGACCCUUCUCUUCUUGGGUUGUCAGGAUUUGAAGGAGACACUCUGACCUGUGCCACUGGUAAGUGACUAACAAUUUUACAAACUGAACUGGUCCUGAGGACUAAGGUGUCUCCUUGUAAAUGAAGAAUAUACAACAUAAUCUUGAAGAAUUGCACAGUGAUGUGGGCCAGAGGCAUACUUUGAGUGUAUAAUGGACUGAAAAAUUAAUCUUGGUGGAAAGUUUUUUCAUAUCUUGCUUCUGUUUGCCAGUGUUAGUCAGUAUUGUGCUGAUUUAGAUUGUUGACCUUUUUCUGGUUCCUUACUUUUUUCCAAUGGGUCCCAGAAAUCCCUCUCCUGACCCCUUGUCAGAAUCAGAAAGUGAAGAAGAAGAAAACAUUAGUUACCUAAAUGAGAGUUCUGGAGAAGAGUGGGAUUCCUCAGAAGAAGAGGACCCCAAGGUGCCCAACCUAACACCUCUCGAGAGUCUUGCCUGGCAGGUUAAGUGCCUUUUAAAAUAUUCUACAACUUGGAAACCUUUAGAUCCUAAUUCCUGGUUAUAUCACGCUAAACUCUUGGAUCCAAGCACACCAGUUCAUAUACUUCGAGAGGUAGGUCUCAGGCUUUCACAUUGUUCCCAUUGUGUCCCCAAACUGGAACCAAUUCCUGAAUGGCCCCCUUUAGCCUCUUGUGGAGUCCCACCUUUUCAAAAGCCCCUUACAAGUUUUAGCCGGCUUUCUAGAGAUCAUGCCUCUUUAAAUGGAGCACUGCAGUUUGCCACCAAACAGUUAAGCCGAACUUUGAGCAGAGCUACUCCCAUACCUGAAUACUUAAAACAGAUUCCUAAUUCAUGUGUUUCUGGUUGUUGUUGUGGCUGGCUAACUAAAACAGUUAAGGAAACCACCCGUACCGAACCCAUCAACACUACUUAUUCUUACACUGACUUCCAAAAGGCAGUUAACAGACUCCUUACUGCUUCCUUAUAAAGAUCACUAUUCACCCUGAUUUCUCUGAUGUUACUAAUUAAGGUGGGGGGUCCAAACUAGGCCAUGUCCUGACAAGCUAACAUACCACAGGUCCUGUAAUUCAGAUAUACAAAAUGUGUGUUGUAAGUAUGCCCUAUGACAAACCCUAUGUGAGAACUUCAAUGAAGAAUUAAUUAAAAGAAAAAAUAUAUAAAAAGCUAAGUUGAAUAUUCUUCAUAAUCAGUAUUCACCCUACUCCAUUUUGCUCUGCCUGCCUGAAUGUACUUUAACUAGAUAUCUAGUUUUUUUUUUUAUUUUAAUUGUCGUUGGGCCUUUGUUUUAUUUAUUUUUAUGUGGUGCUGAGAAUCGAACCCAGUACUUAGCACAUGCAGGCAAGUGCUCUACCACUGAGCCACAGCUCAACCCAUAGAUAUCUGGUUAUUAAUGGAAAGGAAAAAGUAUACCAUCACUCUUGUUACUGAAUUAAUGGUGGUUUACUUUUUCUAUCACCCUUUUGUUACUGAAUCAACAAAACAGACUGGCAGGACUCAACCAUCAGAAAACAAGAAAUUAGCUACCUCCACUAAAAUCUGAGUAUGGUCUUCUGGACAUUCAUUUCUAGAGCAGUAGUUAUUGUAAAGUGAGUAAUUACACAAAUGAAAAUGAUAGGAAUGUGGAUUUCUCUCUCACCUUUUAUAGAUAUACCUACAUGUGACACCUUUUUGGUGUUCCUGUUUCUUACAGGAAAUGCAAUUUCAAAACUAACCUAUAAUACUCUAAACCUAUGAAGGUAUCUGCAAUUACAACUUGAAUAUUGUGUAUCAUGGGCUUCUACCAGGCUAUCUCUGGCUAAAUUGGCCCAUAAGAUCAUCUCUUGAGUUUAGACAAACUCCUGUUCUAUAGGUAAUGUGUUUCCUGAUCUUAGCACGCAGGCUUUGUCAUGAGCAAGUAAAAUACAUUCAAAAAGAUGAAAAGGAUUAAGAGAGAAUAUACUUUCAUUAUUAACUGCUAAAGGAUAAAAAUAUUUCAACUGUAUUACUUUUCCUGGAGCAGAAAUUUAUGUACUUUCACAUCUAUUACAAACAUUUAAAAAAUCCUUCUGCUAUUCAUGAAUCAGCCUAACACAUCUGAAAUUAAGAGUUUUAGCAACAUUUUUUUAAGUAGAUUAACUUUUCUUCUGGCUGAAUAAGGAAGAAUAUAUGCCUUUGUAAAUGAGUCUGCUAUGUUUAUUUAAAUGAGCCAAAACAUAGAAAUCAACAUAAAAUAAAAUGCAUGAGACUUCAGUUUUUGACAUAUCCUACAAUAAAAAGUGAAAUUUGUGUGUCAUUCUGGAUAACUGGACAUCUAAAGGGAAUCAUAAAACAGAUUGUUAAAAAUGUAUCAUAUAUCCUCUUUAUUUUAGUUUUGCUUUUUCUUGUUCUCCGUAAUUGCUGUUACAAGAUUGAAUCAAAAGAAACAGUGAUGCAAUCCCAAAUUCUGUAAAUAUAUAACAAGAUGAGAGCGAGGAAUGUAUAUAACCUAAUAAUUAUUUCCACUGAGUUUUAGUUGUCCUGUCGUAAGGGAAAAAAGAAAGGUAUUAUAGUAAGUAGGAAAAAAAAAAUUUGCUCAUGGAAAUUAUUGACCUGGAACAAUAUCAUACUGUUAAUAUAACUGAAUGUAUCAUAAACUGUUCCUUUGUAGAUGUUCUGUGAAAUUGAUUUUUAAAAUGUUCCGAAACCUUUUUUUUUUUUUUUUUUUAGGGGUAAAGGUGGGAGGAGGUAGGAAAGAGGUCUGAAAAUUAAAAUAUGUUGUUUAUGUAUCCAUAACAUGUUCCUCUAUGUGUGUGUGUCUGUGUGUGUCUGUGUGUGUGUGUGUGUGUAAAAGUGCCUUGCUUAUGAAUGCAGUUUUGCUAUUCACUCCAAAAGGAAACCUUUCUCCAGUUUGGCAGCUGAAUAAACUAACAGCUUUGUACAUGCGGAACAGAGUAUGGUCAUUUAUCCUUAUCAUCAACAAAUGAAAUAGAUCCUGCUUUGCAUAAGGCAUAUUCAACAUUAAAUAAGUAUCGAAUGGAGUUAGUAGACAGGCUUAUAUAUAUCUCCGUAGUAUCUGACAAGAGGUGUCUUGGCGUCUUUAGAGAAAAAAACGCAUUUGAAGAGGAAAACAUUGAACCUAGACCCAAAAUGGAACCCAUUUGUCUCUUUAUUUUAAGUAAUCCCAAUUUGUACAAAAUAAUAAGUACCUGAAUAAGCCUUAAGCCUUUGCUUUCUUUUGUGUGCCAGAGAUUUGGUGUUGGAGAUGAAUGUACCACUUUUACAUUCUCCCUAUGUGGGCCCUGGUUAAAUGUAGUCACCGUAAUUAGGAUAAAGACAGACAAAUCUAUCACUCUUUAUAGAAAUAGUUAUUAAAGAAGUGAGGAAACAGGAUUUCUAAACUAGUGGAUGUUAAAUAAGUUAUUUAAAGGUGUUUUCUCAGUGCAGAGGCAGCCUUUUUGUUGAAGUAAUCCAGAUACCUUGAACUUAGUCUUUUAGUCCCAUCUGCUUCCUAAGAAAAGGAAAAACAAUUCAUGCAUGGCAGGAGGCAGACAGAUCGGUAGGUCCUCUCCAGGGGAUU